GGCACAGAUGCUUCACUGGGGUCUUGCUGAACAUAAAUUCCUUGUGGCAAGGCUCUCUGAUAUUAAUGUAUCUCAGCACCUCUUAGCAUGAAAGGCACCACAGCUGAAAGUCUGAGAAGCACCUACCCAAUUUAAGUUCCAGAUCACUGUAUAUAGGGACAGCUGAGGCUCUUUAAACAAUUUACCCUAGGGAGGGGGAAAAAAAAAAAAGAAAAAAGUUUUGGUUUGUUUUUAAUUUUGUUUUUUGUUUUGUUUUUAAUUUUGGGGGUUGUUUGGGUUUUUUUUUUAACUUCCUCACCUCUGAUGACCAAAAAAGUGUUUUCCCCAUCUUGAACUCACACUCCCUAGCAAGCCCUAUUAGAAUUCCUGCCCAAGUGUCCCUUGCAUCCACUUUCUCCCCCACGGCAGGAAAUUGCUUAGAAAAUAUUUCCCAGGUUCCUUCCUGGCCAGAGGUCAUCUCAGUGUUUUGGACCAGCAGGAAUUACCAUGUUCUCUGACACAACAAACGGAGAAGGAAGAUCUGCCCUGCCCAUCCAGCACAGAGCUCUCCGCCUUAUGUUGUUCAGCUGCAACUCCACCCCGUGCUGAUGGAGAAGGGAUCAGUUCCCACUGAUCACAGGAAAGGGAGGUCACAGGGCUUGCUUGAUUAAAUCACCACAAGCCAAAAGGUUGGCUCUCUUGUUCGCUGAGAGUUGCUCACAGGCUGUUUAAGUUGUUCCAAAAAGAAAAGCAAAACGAAAAUCUCAAAACACCCAACCCAGCAACCGCAGAGCACAGAGAGCAAAGCAGGUGUGUCUCCAGCUCUUGGGAAAACAAAGGGCAGAGGCUGAGGCAAGAGUUGACACUUGAAUGGGAAAUUUCCUUCCCAGCACAGGAGGACGAGUUUGGAGAAGACUCAGCCAAGAGCAGCGCUUGUUGUCCUUACAGAACACAGCCUGGGAUGUAGUAGAGAGAAGAGGAUGUUUCAGAUGGAUCUAACAAGAAGAUCCCUUUGAAUCACCUGAGAAGGCUGUACAGCAAAGUGACUGGACAAAAUGUUGUCCCCAAGCACUGCAGGUCUCCAGUGCCUAUUUCUACUGGUCACAGCAUGCUACCAGACAUCGCAAGACUCGAACUUAGACCCGUUCAUGCAAUAUGUAACUGGCAGUGCGUUGGGAGAGGAAAGCUUCCAGUCAGACGUGCAAUGGCAGAAGCAAAAUGUUCUUGUUUUUGACCUUCCCCCUCUGGAGUACACUGUUGACAUUGAAGUGAGCAUAACGGAUUCCACUUUCCUGGAGCCUAUCAAGGAGUAUUUCAAAAGCCUUAAUCUUCCAGUUUCAGCAAACAUUUCAAAUGUAGAAAUGACAGUUUCAAACAUCAACACUACAACAGUCUGUCUGCCCAGUGGUGAGAACAGUAGCUGUUGUUCUUGUGAAAAUGGAUAUGGCUGGCCAAGUGUGGUGUGCAAUGACUUGAUAACCUGCCCUUCUGUCAGCCUAGCACCUGACCUGUCCUGUGGCUACAUGAAGGAAAUGCCUUUCUAUGGACCUUACUGCCAGCUUCAGACUGAAGAUUCCUGUGGUAUGGGAGAGCCUGUUUUAAUGAACAUGUCGGUCAGACUCGGCACAGACUUUAGCAAGGAUCUCCUGGAUUCUUCUUCAGAACUAUAUAGAAAAUACAAAGCUGACCUUGAAAAAGCGUUCAAUGCUAGCUACAGAUGCUUACCAGGCUUUGUAUCAGCAACAGUAACUGGUUUCAGUCCUGGAAGUGUUGUUGUGAACUAUGAAGUGAAAGCAGGAGCAGCAAGCUUCAAUCAGAUAGCAGAUUCCAACAGAGUUGUAUCACAAGUUCUAGAUCACUCGUACCAAAUAAAUGAAACUACCUUCACAACAGAAAUAACCAAUCAGACAAAGUUCAUCGUGCGUCCUGCAGACUUUUCUGAGGGAGAUACUGUAAGACUGAUUUGUGAGAUAAAUUCAACAUCUGAGAAUGUGACCUGGUACCACUUUGAUCAGAUCAUCCCAACCAGCCUCCGGUAUUCCACAGAGAGAAAAAUUUCCAAGAGAACCUCAAGGUCGAUUCUUAAAAUUAUCAACAUUACUAUGAAGGAUUCUGGUUCCUACAGAUGCACGUUCACAAACAGCAGACAGUUUCACACAGUGAUAUACAAGGCCACAAAAACAAUAACAGUCUCUCCACUACACAUCACCCCAAACUUCAAUGACGUUGAUGUUGUAUGUAACAGUCCCGAAAUGCAGGCAAAGGGUCUUCUGCUGUCUUGUUGCAUUGACAGACACUUACCAUCACUUACUGUUGACUGGAAAGUAAAUGGAGCAGUCAUGAUUACAGGAGCCUCCAGUUUAAGAGAAAAUUGCACUGAAUACAAGCUCAACAUCGAUGAAUCAUUAUGCCCACCUGAGAAGUCAGGUACAGUGACCACAUACACAUGUGAGCUGCAGACUGGAUACGGUGCCAGGCGCAGUCAGAACAUCAGAGUGACGUAUCUCAGGACAGCACACAUAACCAUAUCUUCGAGCGCAAACUCGGCAGUCUUCGAAGGAUAUGCAUUCAAUCUGACAUGUGAAAGUGAUGUGAACAAUUAUGACAGCGUCAGCUGGAAAAUCCAGUCUGGAAAUAACAUCAAAACAGUAGACUGUGGCCCAUGCACCGAAAAUAGCAAAUCCCCAGCCACGUCUGUGCUCAGAGUGAAGGCUGCGACACAGGACUGGAGCGGAACCUACAUCUGCACGUUCUAUCAGAAGUCCACGAAUAGUUCUGCCAAUGUGACAGUGGAGGUUAUUUCCUUUCCUCUGAAGCAGAACAUCAUGAUAAAUCCCAUUGAUACCUCUAUAACCUGCAAAACUCCACAAGCCCUGGAGUGCUGUGUAAUUGCUAACGCCGUGGAAAGCUACACUGUUACGUUUGUGGUACAAGACAAAGAGUUUCCAGCCGUGAAAAAGAAGAAAGGAAAUUUGGUUUGCUACAUGUACCAUUACACAGAAACAGAAUGCAGCCAAAAAACGCUGGUGGCAUAUUGCAGGUUUGCUAACCGCCUUAGACAGCAUGUCAGCAGUGAAAGUAUAAGACUGCACCUGAUAACUGAAGAAGAAGUUUCCUGCUCAGGCAAAUUUGGUAUUGGAAGAGAAGGGGACACAUUAAUAAAACCAUGCUAUGAUCCAGAUAAGGCAGAUCAUUUUACUCGAGGCAAUAAAACUUACAAGUGCUCCAACAAAUCGUGGGAAAUGCAAAGGAACAACUGCCUGUCUGUAUCAGUAAACAACCUGCUGAUGAGUGCUGAGUCCUUGGUCAGCAGUCCUGAGGCAAAAGCAAGACUGCCCAACUACCUUGCAGAGCUUAAUAAACAGACAGAAAAUGAGCAAGGCACAAUCAGCAGUUCCCCUGCAAACCUAGGCGCAAUCGUUUCCAUCCUGGAUAUGAUCUCCUGUAUCCCAGCAGAAGCAGAGGAGCCCACUAUUCAAAAUUUCCUCUCCACGGUGGACUUUAUCGUAGCUGAUUCCACAUCACAAGCUUGGGAUGACCUGAAUAAAGAGGCGACAAACAAAAGCUCUUCGUUACUGCAGUCAGUAGAGAAUUUUUCCCUGAACCUCCAGCCACUUAAUAAUACCAUUCCUUCUGUCUCUGCAAAAACCCUUCAGCUACAAGGUGUAGUUGUCCCAGAGAACAGCCAUACAAAUUAUGAGAAGAACUUCAUCAGUACAGACAACCUCACGGUUAAUGUGCUCAUUCAUGAAGCUGAAAUUCAGACUCUUACCCAAAAUUCAACCAUUGUCAGUGUGAUGUAUUCAAACCUUGGGCAUAUUUUGCCCCAGAAUAAAUUUGAGUCUGUGAAUGGCUUAUUGAUAUCAACAACUGUAAGCAGCAACAGAAGCCAGAAGCUUGAUGUUAAUAUGACCUUUGCAAAGAAAAACAUGACUCUAAAGAUGCCCAGGUGUGUCUUUUGGAACUUCACACUCAACAAACAUAGAGGAGGCUGGGAUACUCAAGGCUGCACACCCACAGAGCUAGAAGAUUAUGUCAUUUGCUCCUGCAAUCACUUGACGCCAUUUUCCAUUCUGAUGUCGCCUGAUAAACCCUCCCAUAUUGCCCUUGAAAAUUACAUCACCUACAUUGGCUUGGCCAUUUCCAUCUUGAGUUUGGCAGCCUGCAUUAUAAUUGAAUCCUUAGUCUGGAAAUACGUGACAAACAACACGACCUCCUACAUGCGCCACGUCUGCAUCCUCAACAUAGCGGCGUCGCUCCUGAUUGCUGACAUCUGGUUUGUUGUCACCACCUCCAUCACUGACCAGAACCAACAGAUGAGCAGAAGUAUCUGUUUUGUGGCCACUUUCUUCAUCCAUUUAUUCUAUCUGUGUGUCUUUUUCUGGAUGCUCAGCUUGGGCCUCAUUCUUUUCUACAGACUGAUCUUCAUCUUACACAACACAAGCAAGACCGCCCAGAAAGCAGUGGCAUUCUGUCUGGGAUACGGGUGUCCCUUUGUCAUUGCAGUCAUCACCAUUGCUGUCACACUGCCAAAGAACAAUUAUACCAGAAAAUAUGUCUGCUGGCUCAACUGGAACGACAGCAAGGCUCUCUUAGCCUUUGUUAUCCCUGCCCUGAUCAUAGUGGCCAUGAAUUUGUUCAUCACAGCGGUUGUUAUAAUAAAAAUAUUGAGACCAACUAUUGGGGACAGAUCAAACAGGCAGGAGAGGAACUCUUUGUUUCAAAUUGGAAAAAGUGUGGCCAUCUUGACACCAUUGUUAGGCCUCACCUGGGGAUUUGGGCUUGCCAUUGCCAUCAAAGACAGUCAUCAAGCUUUCCACAUCCUCUUUUCUCUGCUCAAUGCUUUGCAGGGAUUUUUCAUUUUGGUGUUUGGUGCUCUCUGGGACAAGAAGAUACAAGAAGCCCUGCUGAAGAGGAAUUCAGUGUCCAAGUGGAGUUCACAACAAUCAAAGUCAUCCUCCCUGAUCCUGGUGACACCAAUGCUUGCUAUGAGUUAUCCAUUUUCAAGAACCUUCAACAACCUAUGUGGGAAAACAGGAAAAUACAGAGUGUCUUCAUCAGAGCCAUCCACCUCUUCCUCUGAAAACACUUCCAAAUCAUAUUCUUUGCUUAACUGAGGCACUGUAAAUGCUAAAUCAUGUAACUCUGAAAGGACCUCUUCCCUUCAAGACACCACAAAAAAGCAGCUGUGUGUCAUCAAGAGGUGGACUGCUUCACCUGACUAAGCUGUGCCUUGGUGCGUUCUUCUGGAAUAAUUGCUUCUGGUUAACAUGUAAGGAAAGGAAGCUUCAAGAGUGGAAUUUUACAUCUCCAGAACAGAUGACAAGAUGUUUCAAACUUAAAGGUUUCAAAACUUGAAAGUUUGAAAUCCUUUGAAAUUAUUUGAAGGCCUACAAGUGCUGGAAAACACACUGAGAGUGAAGAAUUCUCAGCCUCUAAGGGUGCGUAGCACUACGCAGUACUGAGCCAUGAACUGCAGUGCUAGACACAGCUGUUUCCAGUGGUUUUAGUAUUUCCUCUACCAACUCCCUGAAUGAUUCCAAAGGCCUGUGUAGAUACACAAGUACCUCAUAGCUUCACUCCUGCCCUCAUAUUAGAGUCUGGAAAGACCAUAGGGUAUAGUGCUCUCCACUUUCUGCUUAAGUCUUUCUGGAAUGAAAGAUGCACAACUGAGAAGAUCCAUUUCAGACCUUUGCUUCUGACUUGGAUGAAAUGAAGACCAUGGUGAUUCCUGCAUGGUCUUCUUUUGGUUGGGAUGGACUGAAAGCUCUGUGUGGCACACUUUUGAAGAAAAGGAAGCUUUAUAACCUUACCUAUAGUUGUCCUUUCCUUCAUAUGUAAUGUGGCAAGACAGAUGAUUGCUGCCCUGUACCACAAAGCAGAUUGCUUUACUUGUGUAAAGUCUCUACGUUUGGGUCUCCUCUCUGAGGAGAAUCACACUUGGGGGGCUCUGAGAGUUAAUUCUGCAAUGAGUAUAAGCCACCAUGAAAGGUUUUAUCUAAAUUAUUGCUCUAAUACUACAUUUGUGGAACUUGUUAUUUACAAGCCUGUAUACACCUUUAAAGACAGGAAUCUUGUCUUAAGAAGAUGACUAUGUGAGAGAACCUGCAAAGUAUUUAUAGAGCACACUACAAAACUUAAUGCUAGAUGGAAUAAGGAAGGUUUAUUUCUGAGGCCAGUAUCAAAUACUGCUGUCAGGUGACACAGCUGUACACUGGAUCCCAGGACUUUGGUAUGGACCAGGAUGGGAAACUAUUGCCUGCAUUUGUAGGCAUGUGUGAUGGGCUAGUAUGAGCAGGUGGUGAUGAGUGAGGAUAAUAAACAAGCAUAAAUCAAUUGUA